AUGUGGGGCUACCUGUCCCUGCUGCCCGUCUUCCUGGCCGUCUGGGCCACCACCAGCAUCUGGACCGUUUUCGCGAUCGCCGUGUCCAACAAGACUGUGAACCUGACGGAGGGCCUCCCCUAUAUCAGUCUCUGCGGAUCCUACCCGCCCCAGAGCUGCAUCUUCGGCCAGCUGCUCAACAUGGGAGCUGCGAUGGCCGCCUGGAUCUGCAUUCUCCGUUACCACCAGUUCCAGGGCUGGCAAGUCAGGAAGUGGCUUAACCAGCUGAUCCUCUGGUCCGGGCUCCUCUGUGCCUUCGGCACCUCCGUGGUGGGCAAUUUCCAGCAAAAGAACCAGCUGCCCACGCACCUGGCGGGCGCCUUCCUGGCCCUGUUCGUGGGCCACGUCUACUUCUGGCUGCAGGUCCUCCUCUGCUGGCGAAUGAAGCGCCUGCCCCAGCCCGGGGCCCCGUGGAUCUGGCCGCUGCGCCUGCUCCUCUGCACCCUCUGCACCGUCCUCCUGGUGACCAUGCUCGUCCUGCACUUCAGUCGGCAGCGCUCGGCGGCCGCCGCCUGCGAGUGGGCCGUGGCCAUGCUGCUCUUCACGCUGUUCGGCCUGAUGGCCGUGGACUUCUCCGGCCUGGAGGGCUGCUCCCUGUGCCUCCAGCCCGAGCCCAGCCUCCGCCCGCAGCCCGUCUCCCCGCAGACCCCAACACCGCUGCCCCUGGCCCCGGCCCGGCCUCCCGCCGGGACAGACACCGAGCCCGGGCUGCUCCGGGCCUCAGAUGCAUCGCUGGGGACGAACCUUCCGGAUGAACCGCCCGGGGCGGACCUUAAGGAACUUGGCGGGCGCUGGCCCGUGUGUCUCAGUGGUUAG